UCCUCUUUGAGAUAGCUAGCUUUCAAGGUUGUUCACUACUCAAAAUUAGUAGUUAGACACUUAGACCAGCAUGCAAAUGUUGUCUAAGAAAGCUGCCUGUGAUUCUCAUGGCCAGGAUUCUUCCUACUUCCUUGGAUGGCAGGAAUACGAGAAGAAUCCUUAUCAUGAAGUCCAGAAUCCCAACGGAAUCAUUCAGAUGGGACUGGCAGAAAAUCAGCUUUCCUUUGAUCUUGCUGAGUCCUGGCUUGCAGACAAUCCUGAUGUACUGGGGUUGAAGAGAGAUGGAAAAUCUGUAUUCAAAGAGUUGGCUCUCUUCCAAGACUAUCAUGGCAUGCCUACUUUCAAAAAUGAAUUGGUAGAGUUCAUGGCAAAAUUAAGAGGGUAUAAAGUGGAGUUUGACCCCAAAAAGCUCGUUCUUGUUGCUGGCUCAACUUCUGCGAAUGAGUCCUUAAUGUUCUGCCUUGCUGAACCUGGUGAAGCUUUCCUUCUUCCUACUCCAUACUAUCCAGGGUUUGAUAGAGAUCUCAAGUGGCGGACUGGAGUUGAAAUUGUUCCAAUACAUUGUUCAAGUUCAAAUGACUUCAAAAUUACUGGGUAUGCUUUGGAGGAUGCGUAUGAACAAGCCAAAAAGCUUAACUUAAAUGUUAAAGGGGUACUGGUAACAAAUCCAUCAAAUCCUUUAGGCACAACAAUGGACAGGGAUGAGCUUAACCUUCUUAUUGAUUUUGCUAUCACCAAAAAAAUUCAUAUAGUAAGCGAUGAAAUCUAUUCAGGAACAGUGUUUGACUCUACCUCCUUUGUAAGCAUCAUAGAAGCUGUAACGGACAGAAAUAUUGAUAACACUCAUGAACUAUGGAACCGCAUUCACAUGGUUUAUAGUCUCUCAAAGGAUCUUGGUUUGCCAGGAUUUCGAGUUGGCAUGAUCUACUCCAACGAUGAAACAGUUGUUGCCGCAGCUACAAAAAUGUCAAGCUUCGGAUUGGUCUCUUCCCAAACUCAGUUUUUGCUCACCAACAUGCUCUCUGACAAGAAAUUCACUAGCAAAUACAUAGAGGAGAACCGAAAGAGACUCAAAAGUAGAAAGGAAAUGCUUGUUUCUGGGCUUAGUGGUGCAGGGAUAGAGUGUUUGAAUAGCAAUGCUUGUUUGUUUUGUUGGGUGGACAUGAGACACUUGUUAAGCUCUGACACAUUUGAAGCUGAAAAGGAGCUCUCCAAGAGAAUUCUUUUUGAAGUUGGGCUCAACAUCUCUCCUGGGUCUUCUUGUCAUUGUUCUGAGCCUGGUUGGUUUAGAAUGUGUUUUGCAAACAUGUCUCAGGAAACAUUGAAGGUUGCAAUAACACGUAUCAAGGACUUUGUUGAAUCCAUCACCUCUAGCAGAGAAAAUUGCAACCACCAGCUAACUGUUCUUGAUUCAAGAAGAAAAUCAGUUUCCAAGUGGGUUUUACCAUUAUCACCAUAUGACAAUAAUGAACCAGCCGACGUUAGUCCUAUGCCAACAAGUAAAAUCCGUCUUGUGGUUUAGUGUUAUUACUCGGCUUUUUGUAUGGGAAGAACCAUUUUUUUUUUUUUUUAAGAGAAUCGGGAAGAACUUUGUUCAAAGCCACUUUCCCUAUUUGUUCUAAGGGAAAAAAGAAAAAGAAAAACUUAUAGUUAUAGAGGCUUUGAGUGCAUGAGCAAAUAAAGCUAAUUGUAAGGUUCAU